UUCUAUACUGCCAGUGCGUGGCAGGCCAAAGUGGGCGGGGAUUUCAGGUCGGACCGGAAGAGAAGUGAAGCGGCGACAACCGAAACACAGCUAACAGAACGAUGGCUGCUAUAAGGAAGAAGCUGGUGAUUGUGGGAGAUGGAGCCUGUGGGAAGACAUGCCUGCUGAUCGUCUUCAGUAAAGACCAGUUCCCAGAGGUCUACGUGCCCACCGUGUUUGAGAACUAUGUGGCGGACAUCGAGGUCGAUGGCAAACAAGUGGAACUGGCGUUGUGGGACACAGCAGGGCAGGAGGACUAUGACAGAUUAAGGCCUCUGUCGUACCCUGAUACUGAUGUCAUCCUCAUGUGUUUCUCUGUGGACAGCCCAGACAGUUUAGAGAACAUUCCAGAGAAGUGGACUCCAGAGGUGAAGCACUUCUGUCCCAAUGUUCCCAUCAUCCUCGUUGGCAACAAGAAGGACCUGAGGAAUGAUGAACACACACGCAGGGAGCUGGCCAAGAUGAAACAGGAGCCAGUGAAGUCAGAGGAGGGCCGAGACAUGGCCAACAGGAUCAGUGCCUAUGGCUACCAGGAGUGCUCAGCCAAGACCAAGGAUGGAGUCAGGGAGGUCUUUGAGAUGGCCACCCGGGCGGCUCUGCAGGCCAAGAAACGUGGCAAGAAGAAUGCGUGUACACUCCUAUAGACCCGCGGAGAGGUCGUCCCUGGGCUGGUCUGGCCUCCCAAAAUGUCAUUCUAGUCAUCAAAGGGAUAGUGCGAGAUUUUGGCAACGACUGGAAGUCUGUGGGACGAUUUAGCGAAUCGAGCUAAAGAUCUCUGAUCCCACAGACUUCCAGUUAGCGGGCUAACGCUAGUUAGCAAAGGUUCGUAAUAACCUCGGGCAACUUCUUUCAAAAACUGCACUCGGAGAUAAAAUGACAUCUGUGAGUUCAUCUUACUCUGAGCAAAUAGAUUAGAUCUCUCGCGCCAUCCCUUUUAAGGGGAGGCGGGCUUAAAACUGAUCUCAGACCUGCGUCACUGGGCAACUUUGUUUAGAAGCCCUUGUAAAGGGCUUUGUGCCAUAUUGACAGGCUACACCCGGUGCAGUGCCAUUCCUACGACCGGUAGAUCCACUGUCAGGGGAGUAGGGUGCCAAUAUCAACUAAUCAGGGGUCAGGAACAGAAAGGGUUAAUUUUUCCAGCCGCCAGAUCCUGAAGAAUUGGAUGGGAAUCCUCUGUGAAGUUAGUCAAAUUUUGUCAUAUCCAGCCGGGCUUCCUGGUGAGCCUUUCCCAACUGCGCAGUACAUUAUCAAAAAGGUAAUGUUGAAUAGGUAUGUAAUAGAAGAGCAGACAGUUCGGUGCGGGUCACUCCCGUGAGGGUCAUGUUGUUCAUUAGGCACCGACAUGGGCGGGUGGGGAGGGGGGGGGGCUUAAGCAGUGCCUAGAGGUCUGUUUGGGAAACGUGUGUAGCGUCGCUCUGAUAAGGAACUGUGUCAUGAGGCUUAUGGGGUACGAAUGGAUUAAGUACUGGAUGGACUUCCUCUCCUCCUUGUUUUUCCUGUCCACUGCCUUCAGACCUCGUUUUUUAAAGGCCGUCUCUCUGGAAUUUGCGUCUCGGAUAGGAUCACCUGCGUAGGAGUAGAAUGAAUAAAAUAAUCAAUGCUGUUUCGUUAAUUCUAUUUCUACCUGUUAAAUCCUGUCCAGUGACUGGACAGAAAACUUCUGCGUGUUUUACGCAUGUGUGCCUACAUGUAUGUUUGCGCUGGUCUUGUUCUAUGUUUCUGUGUACUAUGAGCAUGUAGGGACUGGUUGUGUGUUCAGGAACCUGCCAGACACACUUAUGUCUGCCAAAUGGGUCAUCACCAUGGAGAUCCUAUAAUUUAUAGAAACCAUAAAAUAACAACGUGCAUUCAACGUACUGUCGUACAAGUUAGCAGCUGCAAUCAGACAGUGAGUCUGUUUACCAAUAAUGUUGAGAAGAUUUUGCGUGAACCUGCUGCACAAAAUUGCAUGUUAAAUCAAUGUUAUUUUUUGUGUGUAGUUGAAUGUUCUAUUUUCUCUUUGAAAUGGGUUGUUCACCCUUUCUUCCUGGCAUUUUUAUUUCACUUUGUAGUGGGGUCUGUUUUCACACAAACAAAUGUGUACAACAGUAUCAACGUACUUUAGAAGAAAUAGUUUAAUUAAAAAAAACGUGCAAUUAUGCCAAAUAUUUCACAACUGAAUGGACUCUCAAUGGUUGUCACACCAAAAGAUCUACAAGGGAAUUCAUUUUGAAGCAUUUUAGUGUACUAUUUGUCUGUAACAAGCUGUGUGUUAUGCUGUGUGUUGUGAUCUGUGUGUGUGUGUGUUAUGAGUUGUUGUCUGUUACAAAGCGUUGUCUGGGGUAAUCAGUGAGAGGAGGGGUGAGAGGGACACGAGAGGGAUGGGGGGGGGGGGGUGGCGGUGAAAGAAUUAGGAACGGAGAAGCAAUUGAAACUUGAUUUACUGUCAGUGGUGGCUACAUCCCACUACUCUAAAACAAAUGGGUUUAUUUAAAGGUUAUUUAAAGGUGAUUGGCAUUUUUGGGAUACUUUCCCGAACACAGAUUAAUCCUAGUACUGGCUGACAAGUGACCAGUGUUUUACUGCACAGCACAGUCUGUAGUUUUAUCUGUGUCGGGUAACCGGGCCUUUCACUGGUUUCUCUGUGUCGGGUAACCGGGCCUUUCACUGGUUUCUCUGUGUCGGGUAACCGGGCCUUUCACUGGUUUCUCUGUGUCGGGUAACCGGGCCUUUCACUGGUUUCUCUGUGUCGGGUAACCGGGCCUUUCACUGGUUUCUCUGUGUCGGGUAACCGGGCCUUUCACUGGUUUCUCUGUGUCGGGUAACCGGGCCUUUCACUGGUUUCUCUGUGUCGGGUAACCGGGCCUUUCACUGGUUUCUCUGUGUCGGGUAACCGGGCCUUUCACUGGUUUCUCUGUGUCGGGUAACCGGGCCUUUCACUGGUUUCUCUGUGUCGGGUAACCGGGCCUUUCACUGGUUUCUCUGUGUCGGGUAACCGGGCCUUUCACUGGUUUCUCUGUGUCGGGUAACCGGGCCUUUCACUGGUUUCUCUGUGUCGGGUAACCGGGCCUUUCACUGGUUUCUCUGUGUCGGGUAACCGGGCCUUUCACUGGUUUCUCUGUGUCGGGUAACCGGGCCUUUCACUGGUUUCUCUGUGUCGGGUAACCGGGCCUUUCACUGGUUUCUCUGUGUCGGGUAACCGGGCCUUUCACUGGUUUCUCUGUGUCGGGUAACCGGGCCUUUCACUGGUUUCUCUGUGUCGGGUAACCGGGCCUUUCACUGGUUUCUCUGUGUCGGGUAACCGGGCCUUUCACUGGUUUCUCUGUGUCGGGUAACCGGGCCUUUCACUGGUUUCUCUGUGUCGGGUAACCGGGCCUUUCACUGGUUUCUCUGUGUCGGGUAACCGGGCCUUUCACUGGUUUCUCUGUGUCGGGUAACCGGGCCUUUCACUGGUUUCUCUGUGUCGGGUAACCGGGCCUUUCACUGGUUUCUCUGUGUCGGGUAACCGGGCCUUUCACUGGUUUCUCUGUGUCGGGUAACCGGGCCUUUCACUGGUUUCUCUGUGUCGGGUAACCGGGCCUUUCACUGGUUUCUCUGUGUCGGGUAACCGGGCCUUUCACUGGUUUCUCUGUGUC